AUGCAAAAGCUAAGGCUAAGGAAAUUGUAGAUUAAGAAGCUGCCUUAAUUAGUUUUAAUAUUUUAAUGAUUGGAAAUUUUCUUCUCCUUCUCCGUCAGAUUAAUUGCAAUUUCCCCUAAAAGUUGCAACAACACACUGCCUCGUAAUGAAAUGAUUCUAACGAUAGAAAAAUACAGAGAACGAUUGAGACGAUCAUCCAGGCAACACGAAAUUUCUAUUUAAAAGAAAGAAAAAGUAGAUUUAUUUUAGCCCAUAAAAUAUAAAGUCUCAUUGAGACUAGCGAUCGCAGGGACGAUAUAAUCUCCAUUCGAAUCGAAUAUAUCGCUCGUGAAAGCGGUUAAAAGGAGAUUAACGUCGGCCUCUCAUAACCCAGAACGAUCGAAAAAUCCGCUUAAAAAUCGAAUCUUAAUUUCCACGGAAAUCCUUCUUCCCUCUUCUCACAUGUUUUUUUUCUUUUUUUUUUUUUUUUUUUUUAAACCCCACCAUUUGUCGUGUCCCUUUUACGCGCCUAGGAUUAUGCAGGGAAUUUGAUCGAUAUUAAAUACCGGGCUGCGCGUUAUCAGCUUGCCCUCGGUAAACGAACUAUUUUGCGCUGGCUCGUUUAAUUCCUCAGCCUCCCCUCCUGCCCGCAUCCACUCUGCGAUAAAUAGAAAAAAAAAAAAAAAAAAAAAAGAAUCUAGCCAAAGUCUGCUAAACGACAGAGAUCAGAGUCAUAGUAACGCGGUCCGGGAACGCGAUAAACCCUUAACGGGUCCAUAUUGGAUUUUCAUUAUACAGGAUCACGGCAGAUACGACGGGAUUCAGAGGGUCUUUUUCGGCGGUGGAUUGCGAUUCUGGCUGCACAAUUUGCUGCUGCUCGACUCUCUAUCCUAUCUGUCGCAUGGACAGUUGAGCCUCAGCCUGAAUCGGAUGAUUCUGGUUGACGUCGACGACAUAUUCGUCGGCGAGAAGGGCACCAGAUUGAGAAAGGACGACGUGAUGGCGUUGCUGGCCACUCAACAGAGAAUCCAAGCCCUGGUCCCGGGGUUUAAGUUCAACCUGGGGUUUUCUGGCAAGUACUUUCAUCACGGCACCGCCGAGGAGAAUCUGGGGGACGAUAUGCUUCUGGAGAACGUAGACAGGUACCCUCAUAACUACGAGAAUGUAACGCACCUGCAAUUGGACAUGGCGCUGAACAAACAGUUCGCGAAAGACCACGGGAUCCCGACUGGAAGCGGCUACAGCGUGAGUCCUCAUCAUUCCGGCGUUUAUCCGGUCCACGAAGGUCUGUACGAGGCAUGGAAAAGGGUGUGGAACAUCAAAGUCACCAGCACAGAGGAGUACCCCCAUUUGAGGCCUGCCCGAUUAAGGCGAGGUUUCAUUCAUCGUAAUAUAAUGGUCCUACCGAGGCAAACCUGUGGCCUUUUCACACACACGAUCUUCAUCGAUAGAUACCCAGGCGGCAGGGAGAAGCUGGACAAAUCGAUACAAGGUGGAGAAUUGUUCCAGACUAUCGUUCACAAUCCUAUCAAUAUUUUUAUGACGCACAUGUCAAACUACGGGAACGAUCGUCUGGCGUUGUACACGUUCGAGUCGGUGAUUAAAUUCAUACAGUGUUGGACGAACUUGAGAUUGUCCAGCGCGCCGCCACUUCAACUCGCGGAGAGAUACUUCCAGCUCUAUCCUGAAGAAUCUGAUCCUGUGUGGGGCAAUCCCUGCGACGACCUGAGGCAUCAAAAGAUCUGGUCGAAGAAUAAAACUUGCGAUCAGCUGCCGAGAUUCCUGGUAAUUGGGCCUCAAAAAACUGGCACUACCGCUCUCUACACCUUCCUGUCCAUUCAUCCGGCGAUAAGCAGCAAUUUGCCGAGUCCCGACACGUUCGAAGAGAUUCAAUUCUUCAAUGGAAAGAAUUAUUACAAGGGCCUCGAUUGGUAUAUGAGCUUCUUUCCAGCGUCGAAGAACGAGAGUUCACGUUAUCUGUUCGAGAAAUCGGCCACCUAUUUCGACGGGGAAUUGGUACCGCGCAGAGCUCACGCGCUACUACCGAGAGCAAAAUUGAUCACUAUACUGCUCUCGCCAGCCAGGCGUGCCUACUCGUGGUACCAACACACGAGGGUCCACGGCGAUCCUGUAGCAAAUAAUUAUUCCUUUCACUCGGUUAUCACCGCAAGCGAUACCGCACCGAAACCCCUACGCGAUCUCAGGAAUAGGUAG